UCUUGAGAAAAGGCAAAACUAAGCUAGGCAACGUCCCUCUCAUUCCCUCUCCUCUCAACCAAACUAAAUGACACCACCAAAUACCAAAAGUCCUCUCCACCUCCCCCACACUUCCCCUCUUUUAAAGUCACGAGACCCACUGUCUCUUUGUUGUUUCAAUUUUCUCAAGAGAGAGAGAGAGAGAGAGAGAGUCCAGUGGAGGCUGGCAGAGGAACUGAUAGAGAACUUUCAAAGCUCUUUUUCCACCACCAUCACUCAACUAGCCUCUACAUUGCAGUCUCAAACUGAAAGUCUUUUAAUUUUCUGAAAGCUUUAGCUAUCUUCCUAUCUGAAAGAUUAUUGUUUGGCUCAUAUUUUUUUCUGUCUCUCUGUCGGUACCAUGUAGGUCUUCCCCACAACCUCUUCACACCUGCUUCUAACAUCUUCUCGUCUACUAUCGCAUGUUCUAUCUCUCUGUCUCUCCUUUAAUUCUCCCUUUUGUGACUUUUGCUCUUUGUUGCUUUUGCAGGAGACCUGAGGGGAACCACUUGGACCUCAACAACUUGCCUGAUGAUUUUAGAGAUCAUGGUAAACAAGUCUUCGAGGACAGCUCCUCCUCUGGCUAUAGGAAAAAGAAAAGCGGCGGAAAGGAUGGAAAAGACGAGUGUGGGAAGGUCUAUGAGUGUAGGUUUUGUUCCCUCAAGUUCUGCAAAUCUCAGGCUCUCGGGGGACACAUGAACCGCCACCGUCAAGAGAGGGAGACAGAAACACUGAACCGGGCCCGUCAGCUAGUCUUCAGUACCGAUAACCUAGUCUCCCAAGGGCCUUCCCAUCUAGGCUGCUGCCAACCAAUCAUCCCAGGAGGCUAUCAUCCAGCAGGCAACGUUGGAGACCCAACAUUGCCUCUCAGAUUUCCCAGAUUCUUCCCUGGAUCUCCUUCAACCCAUUUACCACCACCAAUACCUCAGGCACCACAACCACCUCAACCAUAUUUAUACACCUCUUCCACUCGCCCAAUCUCCUUUUCUACACCUUAUCCUCAACAUCCAAUGAACGAUUACUGUGUUGGCCAUGUUCUCAGCACCAACCAACAAUGCCACCCAAACCUAAGCUAUUCACCAGACUCUAGCUACACUUGCAUUGGUGCACCGGUCGGACAAGGGUUUGCGCCUGGCAGCAGCAGCCGGGUCUCUGACAUGCUAGGAUCAGGAGUACUGGGAGGAGGGGGAGGCGCUGGUAGAGAAGGGUCAUCGCAUAAUCCCGAGGAGGGAUUGGAUUGGAGCCGGAGCUUUGCAGGAACACAGCAACAACGUCCGGAUCCUUCACCUUCGCUCACUCGGUUUCAAGAUGGGUUCUAAGGCGAGAUUUCUGAAGUCAUAGUUUUAGGUACUGUUAAUCUAUAUUGGCACGCCACCCACAAAGAUGAGAGAGAGAGAGAGAGAGAGAGAGAGAGAGAGAGACCUAACAAGAUGACAGAUGGGUUCGUGCAAGAUAGUAGAGAAAGAUAGAGAGAGUUUUGGAUUUUCUUCAGGGACAGACAGCUUUUGAGCUCAUGUACAUGCUCAGCUAGUUUGGCUUGGAGCUGUAUGGGGAUUGAAGGGGGUUUGGUAUUGGUGUGUACAACCCAACAGUUGAUAAAAUUAAGGUGGGAACUAGACCUUGGUGGGACAAGAAGUUAGAUAUGAACUGAAAGUUUCUAAAACUCUUUUACAUUCUGGAGUU